AAGAGGGUAAUGUAACAAUGAUGUUCCCGUCCUAGGUGGCAUUCUUGCUGGAGCAGGAUAACCCAAACUCUAGCAGAAGCAGAAGCAGAAGCGAAGAUGGGUGGUUCCAUUUUCACCCACUUUCUUCUUCUCCCUUCCUCCUCCCCUCCCUCUCUUUCCAUUCUCUUCCCAUCUAAAUUUUCCACCAAACCCAUCAAUGAAUCACUUCCCUUCACCCUCAUCUGCAACCAAUUCCCUUCCAAAUUCGCUACUUCCCAAUCCUCAGCUCCUCCUCGUUACACAUGCUCUGUAAAAAAAAUAAAAGCCUCGGGAAUUCAGCAGACAGGAUCCAUACGACAUGGAGAUAACCUUGACGCAAUGAAAAGCAGGAUUGUGCUGCAGAAGUUUCAAAAGGAAAAGCCAACAGGAUUCCUUAAUUCCCUUGUCAACAAACAAUCUAUGAUGAAUGACUUUACAACCAAAGAUCUUGAAGAUGGGGGCAGAUCAUCCAAAUGGGUUUCGGCAUUCUUGUUUGGACAAACUAUAUCAGUGAUUUCUCCUGAUGUUUCAUAUGCAAGCAGCUCAAUGAAGAUAAAUGAGAUAUAUGAGGUUGGAGAGUUGUUUGAUUUAAGCAUCCAACUAAUAUACUUGUUAUUGCUAUUGAGUUUGCUAGGGACUGGGACUUACUUUGUGAUUCGCCAAGUUCUUGUCCGCAGAGAACUUGACCUAUCUGCCAAAGAAUUGCAGGAGCAAGUAAGAAGUGGCGAUGCUGGUGCAACCGAGCUUUUUGAACUUGGUGCAGUGAUGCUGCGCAGGAAAUUUUACCCUGCUGCUACCAAGUUCUUGCUUCAAGCAAUUGAGAAAUGGGAUGGGGAUAAUCCAGAUCUUGCCCAGGUUUACAACGCUCUUGGUGUGAGCUAUGUCCGCGACGGCAAAGUUGACAAAGGAAUUGCUCAGUUUGAGACAGCUGUGAAGCUUCAACCAGGCUAUGUGACAGCUUGGAACAAUCUCGGAGAUGCUUAUGAGAGUAAAAAAGAGUACAAGUCUGCUUUGAAGGCAUUUGAAGAAGUCCUACUAUUUGAUCCUAACAACAAGGUUGCCCGGCCUAGGAGAGAUUCUUUGAAGGAACUUGUUGAAGCAACCAAAGGAGCUACUGUCAUCAAAUCAACGGAGAAGAAAUGAGUGGCACACUAUGAAACAUGGCAUAGUUAAAUAAAUAGUUUUCAAUAACUUAGUUGUGUUGGAAGGAAUUUUGACUCUAUUGGUGUAGUUACUAGCUGAGGCAUACUAGUGGUGGGAAAUGUAGUUGAAACUUGAAAGUGCCUUUACUCACGUGUCAAAAUGCGUCCUUUUUUUUUCUUCUUUAUUUUAUAAACUGUCAUUUUUGUGCCUUGUUAAAGUGAUUCCUUUCAUCA